AUGGCAACAGCUCCUCCAGUUUUCUUUGAUCCUGCACAAUUUCCAUUCACUAUGCCUAAUGUUCUACUACCUCCUCCUGUUCUUCCUCCUCCUCCUCCUCCUCCAGCACCACCGGCUCCAUCAAAAUCUAGUUCACUAGAUGUCUUGAAAAUCCUGAUCGGUUUACUUAUUGUAUUAAUACUUGGUGCUAUUCUUGCUGUUUUUAUAUUCUUACCACGUACAUCGAAUCAAACUGAUUUACGUGAAUCGAAUGAAAAAAUUGCUAAAUUAUUAAGUGACUCAAAUAAAGAAAUAGCACGAUUACAACGUGAACAAAUAUUAUAUAUUGAAAAUGAACGUCAAAGACGUCAAGAAAAUUUAAUUGAAAAACAUCGUGUAGAAGAUCGAUUAUUUGAACAACAACGUUAUGAACGACAAUUAUCUAUUGAAAAUCAACGUCUUGAACGUCAAUAUAAUUUAACUGAAAUACAUCGUUCAGAAGAUCGAUCAAUUGAACAACAACAACGUGAACAAGAUUUAAAACUUGCAAUACAACAAUUAAAACAACAGUUUGAAACUGAAGAAAAACGUUUGCAAAUAUUAUUAGAAGAAAAACAAUCCAAUGAACAACGUAGGAAAAAUGAUAUUAAUAAAGAAUAUACCGAAUUAUUAACAGAUUUUAUCGAUAAAAUUAUGUCAGCACAACAACCAUUGAAUAUAACUAAUCUCGAAUUGAAAGUUCGUUCAUUAAUACGUCGAUUUGAUUCUCUUUAUAAAUCAUUAUUGAUUCGAUUUUUAUACAAAUCUAAACUUCUGUAUGUUCAAAAUGCAGAUAGUCCAACUUUAGAUUUACAAGGAGCGAAUUUAAAAAAUCUUGAUUUAGAUGAUAUGGAUGUUGAAUUUGAUCAAAUCGGUCGUUGGUUAAAUUAUACUCAACUUUCAUUACCAUUAACGAAUUUAAUCAAUGCUUCAUUUGAACAAAUAUAUUUAAAUAAAGCUAAUUUUAGUUGGUGUAAUAUGACUGGUACUUCAUUUCAUGGAUCACAAAUUAUUCAAACAGAUUUUUAUCGAGCUUAUUUAUCUCUCACCAAUUUUAUUGAUACUAAUGUAUUUCAAAGUAAUUUUUCAUAUGCAACAAUUCGACGUGCUUCAUUUCGAAAUGCAAAUUUAUCUCAAGCAUAUAUGCAUAAUGCAGAUCUUGAAUCAACAGAUUUUCAAGAUAUUAUUGCUUUUCAAACAGAUUUUUCUGAAUCUAAAAUUUCGUCGGCAGAUUUUCGUUCAGCAAAUCUUUUUCAAGCUCAAAUGGUUAACGUAUUCGCUCAAUCAACAAAUUUUCAUACUGCAAAAGCUAUGCAAACAAAUUUUUCAUAUGCUUAUAUGCCAGAUUGUAUUUUUCAAUGGGCAGAUCUAACAGAUGCAUCAUUUAGAAAUACAUUUUUGGGUGGUGCUAAUUUUGAAAAUGCUAAUGUAGUUAAUGUGGAUUUUACUGGAGCUAAUCUUAUUAGUGUAAAAAUUACUCCAGGACAAUUAAAUGUAGUUCUAUCCAUUGCACAAGCAAUUCUACCCGAUGGAUCCAAAGGAAAAAAUAGAAAUUUAGUACAUAAUGGUAAUGCAAGCUGUACGGGAAUUUCUGGUACAAUAGCCAAUUGGAAUAGCAAUGGAGACGUUUUUACUAAACAAGAUGAAUUUAGUACUGAUGAAUGUGUUUUUCAAGCAAGAAAAAUAAAUGCGACAUUACAACAAACUAUUGAUGUACGUCGUUAUGAACGAUUGAUUGAAAAUGGACGAAGUAAAAUUUAUCUUGAAAUGCAAGAAAAAGCAGCAGGAACUUUAAAUUUAUCUAAUCUACCUGCUUAUAUCAAUGUACGUUUUAUUGAUUCGAAUAACAAUCAAAUUGGUCUUGAACAAUCAACAUUACAUAUAACUUUGUUUACGCAACCGUCAACAUUUAUUGCUACUAUUCCAUGUCCUUCAACUACUGUCGAACUACAACUUACCAUUGUAUUUCAAGAAGCAAAUGCAACUGUUGAUAAUAUUUAUGUCACCAUUGAAUAA